GGUUGGCGAAUGCAGACAUGGCGAUCUACUGCCGCACGAAUGUGUAUGUACUAAAUUCUACGAAUGCAAAUAUGGUCGCAAAGCUGUGCGUGACUGUCCGGUCGGUCAGCGUUUCAAUCCUUCAACGAAGACUUGCGAAGUGGGAGACUGCAAUACAACUCCGCCACCUCCGCCACCCGUGUGCCAGGAAGGCGAAUUUCUACCUCAUGAGUGCCAAUGCAAUAAAUACUACCAGUGCAAGAACGGUCGGAAGGCUCUGCGUGAAUGCGACCAGGGAUGGCACUUCGACAAUUCAACGCGGCGAUGCAUUCCGGGGAACUGCAACAAUCCUAAACCAAGAUGCGGGCUGCGACAAAAACGUGAAACCUAAACCUGGCGAUUGCCCAAGUUCUAGUCCCUCAAAAUGGGCUCACGAGUGCGACUGUAGAUUAUAUUACCAGUGCGAAAGCGGAAAGAAGAAAUUAUAUGACUGCAGUUGGGGCAACUACUUCAACAUUGCUAAUCUGAAAUGCGAUGUCGCGUCAAAGGUAAACUGUAAAAAUAAUUGGGACGACUGGGUAUAGGUAACUAUCGAUUUUGAAAAAAGCUGGACAACUGGAUGUAGAUAACCAUCGAUUUCAAAGGAAGCAUGAAAAGGUUGAGAGUAACGAGAAGCAAAUUGCAUAUUUGCUAAAACUAUACUGCUGUAUUUGUAGGAGUAGAGAAUUUUGUUAAGAUAUUUUAAUAAAUCUGAUAAUCUAAGAUUGUGUUAAAAUUCUUUUAUUAUUUCGAUCUCCUGAUAGCGUAUACGACACACACGAAUACAUAAUUUCUUACUUCCAAUUCAAAUAAAAGACAUAAAAAUGAAAAGAGGUCUCUCUCUUUCCUCUCAUCUCUUUCUUUUUAUAUACAGGGAAUUUCCCUGAAGUUUUAUUGACCUGGAACAUCCUGUAUAUAUAAAAUCUGUCUCUCUUGAUAAUUUAAAGCAAAGUAUAAAUAUAAAGAUGCGUCAUAUACGUGAAUCAUUUUCUACGAAAUAAUCUCAUUAUCAGCGAAUUACGCGAUGCAUUGUAUUAUCACCAGAAAUUAAAUUACAUAUGUUUCAAGAAAUAAGUAUAACAAAAAAUUAUCAAUAAAAAUUUUCUUUCUCCCAACUUUACUCAUGACCACCGCGAAUCUUGUCACUCAUCCUUAAAUACAUUCGCCCGGUUCAUGGAAUAUAUUUUAUAAUAUGUAUAAUGUAUAUGUAUAUGCAAAUA